CUCUGGCACGUUCCACGCGCCAGACGUGACGUAGUAGAAGAAGAAUCUGGCCUUCACCGAUUCGGCGGCCGCCGAUAGUAAAAUUCCUAUCCGGUCCUCCUCGGCGCUAAAGCGGUACCACUGGAGAGAUGAGCUACCCUGGUAGCAACCCGCCAGAGGAUGGCUACCCCCCACCGCGGCCUGGGGGCGGCUAUGCCAGCGGCUCCAGUGGUUACCCCCCGCCAUCUAGAGUAAGAGCUCCAGGUUACCCCUCAGCCCCAGGACCCGGAUACGCUUCACUAGGAGGCUAUGGACAAAGUUCGGGCGUCGAUAUGCCACAACCCGGCCUGAUGCCGCAACCCAGAGGUAUGCCGGAGCAGGGCGGCGUCUAUCCGUCCUACGGGCAACCGCCGAGUGACCGUUCGCCGUACGGGCAACGUCCGGGCGGCGGUAUGCCGCAACCCGGAUUCAUACCGGAGCCCGACGGCGACUAUCCACCCUACGGACAACCGCUGAGUGACCGUUCCCCGUACGGGCAACGUUCGGGCGGCGGUAUGCCGCAACCCGCAGGCAUGCCGGAGCCGGACGGCGGCUAUCCACCGUACGGGCAACCACCGAGUUACCCUUCAUCGUACGGGCAACUGUCACCGCCAUCGCCGCCACCGUACGGAGCACCGCCGAGUCGGCGUUCGUCUGGCGCAUGCGGCCCGUUGCCGUACAGCUUAACGCCAGCAUCCAGGGCAUCUUCUCCAGUUCCCCAAGGCGGCUACAGUGGACGAGGGGGCAGUUACGCCACUGACAGAGGCCCCGGUUACGGUGGUGGGCGGGAAAGGGACUACGCCAACGAUCGGGGUGGUGGAUACGCCAGCGAUCGAGGCGGCAGUUACGGCGGCAGCCAGGGUUACAGCUAUGGUGGAGCCAGCACCAGUUACGACGCAGGACGGUCUUCCAGCUACAACGCAAGAUCCGGCUUGACGGGAGGCGCCUACAAAUACUACUGCCAAGGAACGCUGAGGCCGUACCCAAACUUCGAUGCAAGGCAGGACGCCCAAGCACUGAGGAAGGCGAUGAAAGGAUGGGGCACCGACGAAGACACCAUUAUCAAUAUCCUCUGCUCACGGUCGUCCACCCAGAGGCUUGAGAUUGUCAGCACAUUCAAGCAGAUGUUAGGCCGAGACCUGAUCAAGGACAUCAAAUCUGAGCUUUCGGGAAAUUUCAAGUCCGUCAUGGUUGGCCUGCUGUACCCGAUGCACGAGUACCUGGCGCGCGAGCUGCGCAGCGCCAUGAAGGGUCUCGGCACCGACGAGGACUGUCUCGUGGAGAUCCUGUGCACGCGCAGCAACGACGACAUCAGGAGGAUCAAGGAUGCCUUCCACGAGGUUUUUGGGCGAGAUCUCGAGGCGGACAUCAGAAGCGAAACGUCGGGCCACUUCCGAAAACUCCUGGUCUCCAUGUGCAACGCGAACCGCGAGGAAGGCAUCGCUCCGGACCCCGGCCGAGCGAGGAACGACGCUCACCUCUUGCAGCAAGCGGGCAUCCAGCGCUGGGGCACCGACGAGUCGGUGUUCAACCAGAUCCUGGCUAGCCAGAGCUACGAACAGCUGCUACUCGUAUUUCGCGAGUACAACGCCCUGACGAACCAGACCAUCGUCGAGUCCAUCUCGAGGGAGAUGAGCGGAGAUCUGCGCAGGGGCUUCCUCGCCAUAGCCAAAUGCGUCAACAACAUCCCGUUUUACUUCGCCGAGAAGCUGUACAAGAGUAUGAAGGGUCUCGGGACCAGCGACAAGGCACUCAUCAGAAUAGUCGUGUCCCGGUGCGAAGUGGACAUGGUCCAAAUCAAGGAGGAGUUCGUCAGGAACUACAAGACGUCGCUGGAUAGCUUUAUAAAGAGUGACACCUCGGGUGACUACAGGAAAGCGCUUCUUGCCCUCGUCGUUGGAAACUGAUUGUGAGUUUGGUUUAGCGUUCGUACCAGGAACCUGCGGAGAAACCGGCGCCUUCCUGUGGCAACAAUGACAGCACCGGCGCAUAUUAGCGUUACGAACGCGAAAAUAUAAAUUUUGAAGAACAUAAUUGCACGAUGCAGUUGUGCAAAAAAGCAUCCCUUGAAAGAAAUUUGCGGUCGACC